CAACAGUCGGAAUUUGGAGUCGGAGCGUCUGGAAUAUUCUUAACCCCCAUAACACUUUUUCUUGAACCCGAGAUAUUCUUCAUAUGGGAAUCCCAAAGGAAAUCCUGAGGCUUGACCUGAUGUCCUCUAUUCUUUGAGUUCCUCAGAUUCCGGCCCUUGCGGAAGGUUUCAUUCUUGGGGUAUUGGAGACUUCGGGGCCAAGAUGGCGACAGGAACGGGCAAACACAAGCUACUGAGUACUGGCCCCACAGAGCCAUGGUCCAUACGAGAAAAACUGUGUUUAGCCUCUUCUGUCAUGAGGAGUGGAGAUCAAAAUUGGGUCUCAGUUAGCAGAGCAAUCAAGCCCUUUGCAGAACCUGGCCGCCCUCCAGACUGGUUCUCUCAAAAACACUGUGCUUCUCAGUACUCAGAGCUUCUAGAGACCACUGAGACCCCAAAACGCAAACGGGGUGAAAAAGGGGAAGUAGUGGAGACUGUUGAAGAUGUCAUUGUGCGGAAAUUGACUGCUGAACGAGUUGAAGAACUAAAGAAAGUGAUAAAGGAAACCCAGGAAAAAUAUAGACGACUGAAAAGAGAUGCAGAACUAAUUCAAGCUGGCCACAUGGACAACAGACUGGAUGAGCUUUGCAAUGACAUUGCAAUGAAAAAGAAAUUGGAAGAGGAGGAGGCUGAGGUGAAGAGGAAGGCUACAGAUGCUGCAUAUCAGGCUCGGCAAGCAGUAAAGACACCCCCUCGGAGGUUGCCCACUGUGAUGGUUCGCUCUCCAAUAGAUUCUGCCUCCCCAGGAGGUGAUUAUCCACUUGGUGACUUAACUGCAACCACUAUGGAAGAGACUGCCUCUGGGGUAACCCCUGGGACUUUGCCGAGUACCCCAGUCACCUCGUUUCCUGGGAUUCCUGACACCCUUCCUCCAGGCUCUGCACCCUUAGAAGCCCCCAUGACCCCAGUAACAGAUGAUUCACCCCAGAAAAAGAUGCUUGGACAGAAAGCAACUCCACCCCCCUCCCCUCUGCUGUCAGAGCUCUUGAAGAAGGGCAGCCUCCUGCCUACUAGCCCCAGACUGGUCAAUGAGAGUGAAAUGGCUGUGGCUUCUAGCCACCUGAACAGUACAGGUGUCUUCCUGGAGGUAGGCGGGGUCCUUCCCAUGAUACAUGGUGGGGAGAUGCAGCAAACGCCCAACACUGUUGCAGCCUCCCCUGCUGCCUCAGGUGCUCCUACUCUUUCCCGGCUUUUAGAAGCUGGUCCUACACAGUUCACCACACCUCUUGCUUCCUUCACUACUGUUGCCAGUGAACCUCCAGUUAAACUUGUGCCACCCCCUGUAGAGUCUGUGUCCCAGGCUACCAUUGUCAUGAUGCCUGCGCUGCCAGCACCAUCCUCUGCUCCGGCUGUCUCCACUUCUGAGACUGUAGCUCCAGUGAAUCAGCCUGACACCUGUGUUCCCAUGGAGGCUGUUGGGGAUCCACACACUGUGACUGUUUCCAUGGAUAGCAGUGAAAUUUCUAUGAUCAUCAAUUCUAUCAAAGAGGAAUGUUUCAGAUCAGGGGUAGCAGAGGUCCCUGGAGAAUCAAAGGCUCCCAGCAUAGAUGGGAAGGAAGAUUUAGAUCUGGCUGAGAAGAUGGAUAUUGCUGUGUCUUACACAGGUGAAGAGCUGGACUUUGAGACAGUUGGAGACAUCAUUGCCAUCAUUGAGGACAAGGUAGAUGAUCAUCCUGAAGUGCUGGAUGUGGCAGCAGUGGAAGCGGCACUGUCAUUCUGUGAGGAGAAUGAUGAUCCCCAGUCCUUGCCUGGCCCCUGGGAGCAUCCUAUCCAGCAGGAGCGGGACAAGUCAGUUCCUCUCCCUACCCCAGAGAUGACAGUAAAGCAGGAGAGGUUGGACUUUGAGGAAACAGAAAAUAAAGGAAUCCAUGAACUGGUGGACAUAAGGGAGCCCAAUGUUGAUAUAAAAAUGGAACCUGCAGAACAAGAGCAAGGCAUUUCUGGGACUGAAAUAACUGGAGUUAUUCCAUCCACGAGCAUGGAACCACCAGAACUCAGGAAUCAAGACUUAAACGAAGAGCCUAGAAGUACUAUAACUGGAGAGAUUGCUGAAGCAGAUGUUUCCAGUGGGAAAGGUGAUGAGACUCCACUUACAACUGUGAAGACAGAGACAUCUCCUGAAAGCAUGUUGUCUCCAUCACAUGGCUCAAAUCCCAUUGAAGAUCCUUUAGAAGCAGAAACUCAGCACAAGUUUGAAAUGUCAGACUCAUUGAAAGAAGAAUCAGGGACUAUUUUUGGAAGCCAGAUAAAGGAUGCCCCAGGUGAGGAUGAGGAGGAAGAUGGAGUCAGUGAAGCAGCCAGCCUAGAAGAGCCUAAGGAAGAAGAUCAAGGAGAAGGUUAUUUGUCAGAAAUGGAUAAUGAGCCUCCUGUGAGUGAAAGUGAUGAUGGCUUUAGUAUACAUAAUGCUACGCUGCAGUCCCACACACUGGCUGACUCCAUCCCCAGCAGUCCUGCUUCUUCACAGUUCUCUGUCUGUAGUGAAGAUCAGGAAGCUAUUCAGGCACAGAAAAUCUGGAAGAAAGCCAUCAUGCUUGUGUGGAGAGCUGCAGCUAAUCAUAGAUAUGCCAAUGUCUUCCUGCAGCCUGUUACAGAUGACAUAGCACCUGGCUACCACAGCAUUGUACAGAGACCCAUGGAUUUGUCAACUAUUAAGAAAAACAUUGAAAAUGGACUGAUCCGCAGCACAGCUGAAUUUCAACGUGAUAUUAUGCUGAUGUUUCAGAAUGCAGUAAUGUAUAAUAGCUCAGACCAUGAUGUCUACCACAUGGCAGUAGAGAUGCAGCGAGAUGUCUUGGAGCAGAUCCAGCAAUUCCUGGCCACACAGUUGAUUAUGCAGACAUCUGAAUCUGGGAUAAGUGCUAAAAGUCUUCGAGGGAGAGAUUCCACCCGGAAACAAGAUGCUUCUGAGAAGGACAGUGUCCCCAUGGGCUCUCCUGCCUUCCUUCUCUCUCUCUUUAUGGGGCAUGAGUGGGUUUGGUUGGAUUCUGAACAAGACUGUCCCAAUGACUCUGAGUUAAGCAACGACUGCAGGUCUCUCUUCAGCUCAUGGGACUCCAGUCUGGAUCUUGAUGUGGGCAGCUGGAGGGAAACUGAGGAGCCAGGGGCUGAGGAACUAGAGGAAAGCAGCCCAGGGAAAGAACCUAGUGAGCUGCUUGUAAGGGACGGAGUCAGUGAGGAAUCUCAGGAAGAGACAGAGCAAGUCAGCCGUCAGAACCUCCUCCACUUUCUCUCUGAGGUAGCUUAUUUAAUGGAGCCAUUGUGCAUUAGUAGCAAAGAAUCAAAUGAAAGCUGCUGCCCUCCAUCUGGGACAAGACAGCAAGAGAGGAAGGAAAUUGAAACUAUUGAAGAAGGGCAGAACCACAGAGAAACUGAAGUGCUGUCAGCCAAGGUAGACCCCUUGGUAGCUGAGAAGUUGCUGGAAGAAAAUGGAAAGCCAGGGAUGGUCUCAGAUCCCUCAAGUAUUUAUACAGUUCAGAAAUUACCCAGAGAGAGUACUGAGGAUAGAGAUGGAGAGUUGAGAAGGAAAGAGGAAGUAGGGAGCGAUAAAGACACCUGCAACACUGCUUCAUCAUUUGUGAAGCUUUCUGCACCCACCUUGCAGGGUGAGGUUCAGCACAUACCCAAAGAAGAGUAUCAGGGUGAAGGGUAUGUGUCAGAGAUGGAAGACCAGCCCUCUUCAGGUGAGUGUGACGAUGGCCUCAGCAUGCAGCAGACUCCUCUAGUGGAUAUCCUUUUCAGCCGAGCUACCUCCUCUAAACUGUCUGAUCUAGACCAGGAUGACCCUGUUCAGGAUCAUUUACUAUUUAAGAAGACUCUUCUGCCAGUCUGGAAGAUGAUUGCUAGUCACAGGUUCAGUAGUCCAUUUCUGAAGCCUGUGUCAGAAAGGCAGGCCCCAGGAUACAAGGAUGUGGUGAAAAGACCUAUGGACUUAACAAGCCUGAAAAGGAAUCUGUCUAAGGGACGGAUUCGCACAAUGGCUCAAUUCCAGCGAGACCUGAUGCUGAUGUUCCAAAAUGCUGUAAUGUACAAUGACUCUGAUCAUCAUGUAUACCAUAUGGCUGUAGAGAUGCAGCGAGAAGUCUUGGAUCAAAUUCAGUGCCGGGAAUUGAACCCAGGGCCUCACGCACGCAAGGCAUGCACUCUACCGCUGAGCCAUCACCCCAGUCCCUAAACUUCUGUAGCUUUAAAGAUUCAUAGCUUGCUAUCUGCCUUUACCCUGUAGGUGCUGAGUAUUUGGUUAGACAAAAGAAGAGACUUAAAUAGUCUGGAAUGAGAACAAGUCAACCCAGUGGAUGUUUUGUUAAUCUGGAGCUGCUACUUGACCUUUUCUGGAGUUUGGAACUCUCAUUGAGACUCUAACCCAUAGAAGAUUCCAGUAUUUGUUUACUACUUAUCUGUUAUCUUUUCUAGUAAGAAUAAUGCCUUAUUUUCACCCAAACCUAAGAAAUCAAAAGUGCAUGUGAAUGUAUUACUAUUAAAAUGAUUAUGAUAGUAUUAAAACAUGCAGAAAACUGAGAUUGAGGUUAUGCCAUAAGUGUUGGCCAUAUUUUGUUCCAAGGGCUUAGAGGUAAUUGGAUUAAAACUUUUAUUUCAACUCUAUAAAUAAAUGUUAUUUCACAAGUCA